CCGUCCUGAGCAGCACAUCCCUCCCCUCCCCUCCCCUCCCUUGCCCUGCCUCGUACCGCUGCUUCCCGUGUUGUUGUUAGUGAUGGAGAAGCAAGAGUUCGUGGUGUGAGAAGAAGUGUGAGGCUCGAGUAGGAAAAAGUCCCGGAACCAGCAUGGAGACCGUGGAACAACUCGUGACCUUUAAUCACAUCCACGUCGAGCUUAACGGAGGCGCUCCGUGGGGUUUCACCCUGAAAGGAGGACUGGAGCACGGAGAGCCGCUCAUCAUAACAAAAAUAGAAGAAGGAGGGAAAGCAGCUGAGUGCAAGAAGCUGAGGGUGGGAGACGAACUGGUCAAUAUCAACGGAUCUGCACUCUACGGCUCCCGCCAAGAAGCUCUGAUCCUCAUCAAAGGCUCCUACAGGGUCCUCAAGAUUGUUGUUCGAAGACGUACCGUGCCGCUGAUCCAUCCUCAUACCUGGCACCUGGUAAAGUUAGCAGAAGAACCAUCCGUGCCUGGAUCAGCAGGCAGUUCGGACGGCCCACUGGCCAUGCAGCUCCACCCCACACCCUUCAGUGUACCGUGGCACUCUGGGGGUGACAGUGAGCUGUCCAUGCCUUUGGGCCACCUCUCCCGGCACUACAGCACAGAUCGCAGCAGCUCUGUGGGGAGUAUGGAGAGUCUGGAAAACCCUCCAAGUCAGGGUUACUACGAAAGCCAGCUCUCUCCCAUUGACCCUGCCAUUUUUAAUAAUAAACGGGACUCUGCUUAUAGCUCUUUUUCUGCAAGUUCAAACACAUCUGACUACACAGUUUCACUGCGCCCUGAGGAAAACAGCUCUAUGGACAGUCUCCUGCAGGGUUUUGGCCCCUCCUGCAGGUUUACAGAGGGACAUCCACAUUCUACAAGUAGUGGCCAAGGAGAAGUGAACUGUGAGGAUGGGAUUCUCAAAUCUAGGUCUCUGCCUCAUAGGCCUGAAGCUAAAGUACGUCCAUCAUCCUAUAGUUACGAAGAAAACAAGUGUGGACCUCCAGUGCCUCCCAUGAGGAAGGAUAGUUUUAGGGCUACCAAAGGCCUACCAGAGGUGAUGGAUAAACGUUGUGUUUCUGCUCCUGUCGGUGUGUCGGCUUUGACUAUUGAAGACCCUCCUGAAAUCCACAAGGCGUUGAAUGGGAAUCGGUGUCUUAAUGGUCAGGAAAAUGAACAGAACUUGAAGGGAAACAAAGCAGAAACUUAUUACACCAUAGAUCCGCAAAAGGAUAUAGAUAACCAAGUCAGAUCAACAGAGGAAUGCCAAAAGAGCAGUCACUUCCAGGCCCUAGAGAGGCAUUCAACCAGACCCAGUCCUCCAGCAGCAGAGAGUCUUGAUAGUCAGCUCAAUCAUUUAGACAACACACUCCAGCCUAGGAUGCACAGACAUAGUGUCCCAGAAAAAUUACUUGUCUCUCAGUUACACAUGAUGGAGCUCUCCAGUAACAAUAGUGCACAUUCCAUGCCCCCUUCUAGCUUGUGGUCUAAUACGUUGCAUCCCAGGGAGGAACUAAUUGAAGACAAUCCAGAUGUAGCUCAGGGUAAAUGGGGAGGAAGCAGGUGUUCCACACCUGGUUCACUGACUACUUCAGAGCUAGAAGAACAUGGGGUGGAGGGAGAAUCAUUUGAUUCAGGCCAAAGACUUACUCCUGUCCAGCAUACUUGGGGAAGAUCUGUCAGUGUUCCAGGUGAAACUAUAGGAAAUGGAUUUGAUGGGUCUGGACCCUGCAUAGACUCUCAAUUUCAAGAAAGAGGUUUUGAGACCAUUAGUGCUGCAACCAGCAUGGACACUCUACUUGAGAACCAGGAAGAAGGAGAAUGUAAGGGAGAUGGCGACAUUUCGAAGCCUCCUCAAAAACGCCAGUUUCGUUCAUCAAAGUCUCGCCGUCGAAGUGAACGUUUUGCCACAAACCUUCGCAAUGAAAUCCAGAGGAAGAAGGCUCAGCUGCAAAAAGGCAAAGGCCCAGGUGGUCUUCUGUGUGAUGGUGAGACUGUAGAGGAAGAGGAUAUAGAAGAAAAAUCCCCAUCAGAAGUGCCAGCCAUCCAUCAACACAGGCCCCAAACACAGACUAGUCAAUACAACAGCUUUCAGAAUUUUGCUCCAUCUCAGGUCAGGCCAAUUGCCUCAAAUUCAACAUUUCCAGGCAGAUGCUGUGGAACAAAUCCUGCAGAGCAUUCAAGGAGGAUGACUGAAGAUAUCCAUCAUUCACAGGAUGAAUCUCAUGGAAUCCAGUCAGCUGAGAUAAACAGACCUGUAUGUGUGCGUGUGGUCGAAGAGUUGGCACCACCAGGUAAAGCCAGACGUUGGCGCUGGACACCUGAGCACAAACUGCAGCCAGAAAUAGAAUCAACUGAAACCAAGAAAAAUAGUGAAGGAACAGCACCAUCUUCUAGAAACCUUGCAACAACAAGGGGAAGAGUGGGUUCUUCAGGUGGGCGCUCUACUCGAGCUGAUGACUGUGACAUCCCACCUUUUGCAGACCGCAGGAAGUUCUUUGAGGAGACUAGCAGAAACCUGAGCCAGUCUGUGACCAACCUGGCCGGCCUUACAAGCCACCGCCAAAGACCAGAGAAGCAUGGGAGAAACAAAGAGCUGACUUCUCCUGAACCCCUUGAGUCGGUCCCUGACCUUGGACGCAGGAGGUUUUCUUAUCAGGGUGGACUUAAUGAUGGAACCUUAGUUAAUUCGUUUGAUAGUAGAAGAAAAAAUGUGCAGCAAGAGAGAGACAGAGAGAGAGAAAAUACACUGGAGAGAGAAUGGAAGAAGCAGAGAGAGAAUGAGAAACAGAGGGAAAAAGAACGAGAACAAGAAAUGCAGAAUGAACAGGAGAGGCUACAGGCAUGGGAAAUGGAGCAGGAGAGGGAAAGAGAAAGGGCAAGAAAGGAAACUGAAAGAGAGCAACAGAGAGUGCAACAGAUGGAGAGAGACUGGGAAACCAGCAGAGAUCGAUUUUAUGCAGGACAUAACAUCAACAAUAUCACAGUGCUACCACCUUUGCCUCAGGAUAGCCUAAAACAGCCACUUAUGACUCAAAAUCUAACUAUGUGUAAUUCACAUUCGGACAGUUUUCAUAACAAGCCCAACCCUGACAUCCAAAAACCAUGUUCAGCUUUCCGACCUGUAACUAGCCAGCAGUAUCAAUCUGACCACUACCGUCUACACCCUGGUUACAAGGCCAGGAGCUGCACUCCAACAGAGGCUUUUCCGGUACAUGAGUUGGAACAAACAAAACUAAGGAGGAAGUUUAGCCUGACUGAAAGGGACUACACUCAAUGUAGAAGAGAUUCAAGAUCAGGAGAGGUUACUGUGGGUAGGGGAUUUCAGUGUCAGUGGAACAACAGACUAUGUGGUUUCAACAACGAGGAUCAACCCAUCAUGUCAUCCAACCUUACAAACCGCACCAUGUCUGAAAAUGAUAUCCGUAUGGAGACCAAGUGUCUUCGUAGCCAUGGUGCAGCUGCUACGAAUAAUAGCAGAAUGUCUUCGUCCAUCGUCAGGGAACUGGAUGAGAACGUUGUAUCUGUAGUUGAGACAAAGAAGAAAAAAGGGCCUCCUCCUCCUCGGCCACCACCCCCAAAAUGGGAGCAGUUCCAUAAGAGAAGGGCAUCUCACCACAGUCUCUUCUCUUCCCAAACUUCCUCUUCUUCCCAGCUCCAAACAUACACACCCUGUCCAUCCACUGCCCAGGAAAUGACUCGUCAGAGGUCCUACAGCCUUCCUCCAAGAGAUGAUACAAUAAGUCAUCAAGCUCCGCUAAACCCUACCUUAAAUAACAGAGCUUUCAAACCUGUGGCCCUGCCUCCAAAAGAACGAGACACUACCAGGAUUCAACACUACGAUACAAACAGUUCAGGAGACACACCAACAUCCUUGAAUGAGUCAAACCAAAGACUUUCUGAGCAAAGCUUUGCCCAGCCUUCAGAUCAGUACAGACCAGCUGUGGUGAAACCAGUCAUUUAUAAGCAUAGAGCAGAGUGGGACUUGACUUCUCCUCACAACUACACAGUGAGUAGCAAUGUUAACAUAUCAUCGGUCCCGGGUCCUACUUUGGAGAAUGGCUCUUGCUCUGGACCUGUCAAUCCUGAGUCCUACUUCACAGUGAACUACAACCACCAGCAGCAUUUACAGAAUCAGCUUCAACAAAUCUGCAUGCCUGUCACCACAGUCAAGACUCUGGAACCUUCUACCCAAAGUGCACCUCCCAGUGAGGAUCAAGGCUUGCCCUUUGAGACAGACAUAGAUGAGUUCCGUGAGAACGAGGGAACAUCAGUGGAGCAGCAAAGGCGAACAGAAGACAGGAUAGAGAUGCAGUGUUUUGCUCAGCCAGUGACGGUGCUGGAGACAGAUAUUGACACUGUGACUGACGAAGAGGCUCCAUCAUCAGGGAUGAGGAGAGGGCAAAGAGCAUCCAUUGUGGACUCUUUAAUGGAAGAGGAUUGUGGCAGAGCUGGAAAGGAGCUCAUGGGAGAGCUGUUCCCUCACUAUGCAGGAAAUGGAGCAGAAGGCUGGCGAGGAGGCAAUAUAGUUAGUGGAGACAUGGUAGAGAGGUCUUCUAGACAGAGUCCAUCAUUACCACAGGGCUCUUCCUCUACCAGUCACAGAGGAUCCACCAACAAAACUCAACUCCUUAAUAAGAUGCCAAAUUUCAUGGAGACAAAAGAGGAGGAUGAAGAGCUUAAUUACAAGAGGCAGCUGAUGGAAAGCUUGCGCAAGAAGCUGGGUGUGUUGCGGGAAGCCCAAAGAGGUUUGCAGGAGGACAUUAGAGCCAACGCUCAGCUCGGUGAGGAGGUGGAAAGCCUGGUGUUGGCCGUCUGCAAGCCAAAUGAGGUGGACAAGUUCCGUAUGUUUAUUGGAGACCUGGACAAAGUGACGAGUCUUCUGUUAUCGCUCUCCGGCAGGCUGCUCAGAGUGGAGAGUGCUCUGGAUUGCCUGGACCCAGAAUCAGGCCAUCGUGAGAGGCUCCCCCUGUUGGACAAGAAGAAGCAGCUCCUUGCACAGCUGGCUGAGGCUCAGGAGCUGAAGGAGCAUGUGGACCGGAGGGAGGAGGCCGUGGGCAGGGUGCUGAGUCGCUGCCUGACUCCAGAACAACUGCGUGAUUACAGCCAUUUUGUGAAGAUGAAGGCAGCACUGCUGGUUGAACAGCGGCAGCUGGACGACAAAAUCCGGCUAGGGGAAGAACAGCUCAGAGGCCUGAAGGAGAGUCUCGGCCUGGGAUACGGCCCUUACUGAAACUGGAACUGGAAGUAAAGUACAGGAAGUUUGCGUGUGUGUACAUGCACAUGAGUGGGGCACACAUGAGUUUCUAAUAAAUAAUUGUUUGAUUGUAUAUGAGCGUUAUAAAAAACCUGCAUAGUGACAGUCAGAGGCGACUUGAGAAGCACAAGCACAGUGAAUUGAUCAGCUGUAGUAUCAGCUGAUGCAUGGUGGCAACUUUUCGCCACUCCUUUAUAUAGAAGCAAUGCUCACUGUUUGUUGAGAAAUCAGUAAGACUAAGCAUUAAAUGACCUCAAAAUCCUACUCUAAGCCACAUAAUGCUGUGUGUUCGUACGUUUGUGUGUGCAUGUGUAUGUGCAUCUCAUUAUCAACUGAACACCUGUCCAUGCACUGCUAUUUAUUUAUUUAUAUCUCUCAGCAAAAUCCGAGAAAGAACUGAACAGUAGCAUUUCGUUUACUGGAGUUUCAGCAAAUUUUCACUAAAAUCUUUUGGCCUUAUAAUCACGUUACAUUUUAUCAGUUGCUCGAAGGAUUCCUGUUCGAAAAUGUACCAUAGGAUCAGGAAUAGUGUUAAGCUGUCACAUCACUGUACAGCAUUCUGUUAACUGGAAUUCAAACCAUCUUCUGAAGAUAUCCAUCUUUUCUUACUUCAGUCAGGUUAGAGCGAUCCGUGUGCAUCUGUUGUUCUGUGGCUAUUGGUGUUCCGUUCAGGUCCACUUAUUCAGGCACUGAAGGCAUAUACGUGCCUUCAUAUAUUCCAUUACACUAAGUGCUUCACUGCAUUUUUCUCAAGUGAUAUCGGACUUUUCGACACCAAAGAUUACUUUCAUCUCUUAACUCUUGAACAGAAGUAUGGUGCUUAUUUUGGAGAACUACAUGCAGUAGCCUAGUCUUUAAAGGAAAUUCUUGCUGUAGCUGUGUUUAUUCAGUGCAGCUGUGUUUAACGUUUUGAUCACUUAAAACAGUUCCUACAUUCCUUGUAUUUAAUGCUCACGCCUGCAGUGGUGCAAAUGUCACGUGUAAUAUAAUGCAUCGUUUUUGUUUCUGAGUGAGCAAACUGCCUUUUUAAUAUCCUUAUCCUCUUUAGAGGAAAGAAUGCUGCUUUAUUUGAACAUUUAAUGUGUUUUCAACCAACACUAAAACAAUCUAAUGUUGGGAUUUUUCUUUUUUUGUUCUUCAGAACUGCCUUUUAAUUUUUAAAGAGUGCCAAAGAUGAAUGUGCAUUUGUUACACAGCUAGAAAACUAUGUUCAUGUAUACUUUUUUUUUACCCAAUGUAUAUACUGCCUCCUUCUGUGCUCUUUGUUUUUUUUGUAUCAUACUUCCUUCACGCUGGAAAAUAUUUGGUUGAAGUAUAAGUGCUCGAUUUCCCUAUUUUUUUGUUUGUUUGUUAAAAAUCCAGUGCGGAAUGUGUACUAUUGAUUAUAGAAUAUAAAUAUUUUAAGCUA